GGGGGAGAUCACGCGGGGGGGAGCAGUAACGGAAAUCAAAUUGGAGUCAGAGGUGAGGUCCUCUGGGAUGGGGACUGAUAUAAAUGGGGGAGGCAGGACACAAUAUAAGUUACUUUGAUUGCAUUUAAGCGUGGCGCAGCUGCAGGUCUCCAACUGCCGCAGUUUUCAAACUCAACUUCCUGCUCAGCCAGAUGCUCGCACGCUCCCGUCUACUUUCAGUUGUUUAUUUAAUUACUCCCCGUCAGACAAAAGCAGACCGAACAGCUUAGACAUACAUGCAGGAACAGAAGGUUUAACUCGAAAUCAUUUCAGAGAGAGAAAAAAGUGAACUUUCCAGGUACAGCUCUUCACGUGAAGCACAGCUGUCUCCCCUUUCCCACAACUCUCACAGCAAAGAGAAAAAUCGACGAGAAAAAGAAAAAAAAAAAACCGAGAGAAAAUACAUCUGUGGACUGAGUACUUGGCAUCACGGGUACUAGCGAAUACCCAGACCAGUGUUCUGUGAGAGAUUCCUUGCUGGCUGCUGCUGCUCCAGUGGUGUGUGUUGCCAGGCCUGCAAGUUGUAGUCGGCGUUGUGGACGUGGUAUGCCGUGCAUGUAGACAUCACACUCUACAUCAUUCAGUGCAUCGUGGGCUGUGCUAUCUAUCGAACAGUCGUGGGGCUGGGCGCGGAGCAUGCUGGUACCGCCACCAGACCGCCUCGCGGCAUAACAACGACGUCGGCCCCGCCGUCAGCAGAGACGAACACCACCACCAGCGGCUGGGCGGGCGGCCUGCUCACUCAGCGUCCCUGGCUGCUUGGACGUUGCCUCGGAGACACAGCACGGAGGUUCACACGGAGGCUUGCGGGAGGAAAACUAACGGCGAUAAUCACUGACCUGAGACAAGCUAACACCAUGUGACAAAUUCAACUACAACAACAACUGCACAAAUAUUCAUAUUUUUAUCAACUCUGUUAGUGCAUCUGUUAUUGAAUGCUGAGGCAAGUCAUCUGACAGUUUGUCGAUUCGAUGUGAGUGAGUGCUCAUCCUCAGUGUUGCAAGUGACGUCCAUCCAGCUGCAGUGUCGAUUGGUGAAGCUGGAAGUCGUGACAGCUGCAUUGACCCAGCCCAGACUGUCAUGGUGUUGGCCAUUACAACAAACAAGUCACACUCCACCUACAGCUGCGCUAUUUUUAGAGAAGACAUCACAUCCUUUCGUCAUCCAGACAUGCGCCCAUCCAGAUCCCUCUAACCGUCAAAUGAUUUUUUUUUGCCGCGCCUGACAUUUUCCUGUUUUCUUGCCAUUAGAGGCUGAGUUCUAAUUGCGCGGUUGAUGACAGAUCAAUAUUCUAACCCACUGACCCAGUCUCCUGUCUCCUGAGUUUUUGAACUCUGACCUAGAAAAGAAGGUUUAUCGCAUGGUGCUGAAGAAAGAGACUGGGAAACGAGGCUGCUGAGUUUUAGAAUUGUUUUUGUUGUUGUUUUGUGAACUGCAUCAGCAUCUCCGAACAUGGAGAAGACAAAGUGCACGUGCCAGAAACAGUCACGUGAUGUCAUGCGCUACCUGUGGUGCUACUCAACUGUCCUGACUCUCUGGCUCCCGAGCAUCCAGCCAGCCACAAUAGCAAUGUCCGGUUCUGACGUCACAGACUACUUGAACAGAUACGGGUACAUGAAGGCACAUGAUCCACAGACCGGGGCGCUAACUUCAGAGCAGUACUACAUCACAGCAAUAAAAAAAUUCCAGAGAAUGGCUGGUAUUAAUGAGACAGGCAGGAUUGACGAAAAAACUCGACAAGUGAUGAGUCUACCCCGAUGCGGUAACCCUGAUGAUGUAGAAUUAGGGGGCGGGGCGAGAAGGAGAAGAUACGCUCUGCAAGGCAGCAAGUGGCACAAAACAGAACUAACCUACAGAAUAUCAGAGUACCCCAUAGGUAUCCCAAAGGGAGAAGUGGACGACGAGAUCAGUAAGGCGUUGCAGGUGUGGGCAGAUGUGGCUCCUCUCCGUUUUAGACCUCAGAAGUAUGGCAUUGUGGACCUGGACAUCAAGUUUGUGCGGGGCUCGCAUGGCGAUGGAAAUCCAUUCGAUGGCAGAGGUCGAACCCUGGCUCACGCCUUUUUCCCGAUGUACGGAGGUGACGCCCACUUCGAUGAAGACGAGGACUGGACCAUCAACCUAGAGCACGGUGUUAAUCUUUUUCAAGUGGCAGCCCACGAGUUUGGCCAUUCUUUAGGUCUCUCUCACUCCGACAUCAGCUCUGCUCUCAUGGCUCCAUUUUACAGAGGUUACCAGAAAAACUUCAAACUGGAUGAAGACGAUGUGAGGGCGGUCCAAGAGCUUUAUGGUAUCCCGCGAAGGCUACCCCCGUCUACGUCACGUCCGGUUGUUACUAGCCGAGGACCGCCAUUGAAUGUACCGUCCAUCUGCCGAGAUCCUUCCAUCGAUGCCAUAGUGAUGACUGCUGAUGGCAGAACUUACAUUUUUAAAGGUGCUGACUAUUACCGAUUGAAUGACUACGGCAUCGAUGAAAGCUAUCCUCGCACCAUAGCCAGUGACUGGGGUGGUAUUCAAGGCCCUAUUGACAGUGCUCUUCACUGGGACAACGGCUACACCUUCAUUUUCAAGGGAGACAGCUACUGGAAGUUCUACAACCUCAAUUUGAUUUACAGCCGUAAAAUCAGCGACGGUUUCCAGGGCGUGCCCAACGACAUCGAUGCUUCCUUUGUCUGGGGAGGAAAUGGAAAAACGUAUUUCAUCAAAGGGAGUCACUACUGGCGCUAUACAGAAAACAGUGUGGACAAAGGCUACCCGCGCCCUCUGUCGGUGUGGAACGGACUGCCACCCCGGGUCGAUGCCGCCAUCAAGUGGCGCAAUGGACGAACUUAUUUCUUCAGCGGCAACGAUUACUACCGCUACAACGACGUGGAGUUUGAUAUUGACGACACCUACCCCAGGAAAAUAGGAAACUGGUGGCUGGGAUGUCCUGAUGCAAAGACAGUCGGCCAGCUUGUCCAGGGAACUCAAACUGGAAACAACCAAAAAAUUUCCAACGAUGUGGACGAACAAUUUCUGACGGUGGAUGGCACAGAGACAGUGUCCACAACCACACUCGUCACAGAUUUGUCCAACAGAACACCAACUUUAGUUUUCAACAGACUAUCAUUGUUAAUGCUGAUUUUAUUCAGUCUCGGCACAGCUUCUAGAUGAUCUCACUUAUAGUGUAUGUGCAUUUUUGGUUCAUGCUGUGGAGCAGGAGUAUUACCAAUGUUAAGGCUUUGAUACUAAUGGCGGGGUAAAUUCAUUCACUCAUAGAAAAAUUUUUUUUUUAAAAAAAAUUAAACAUACAAUUGUUGAUAACAUUUAUUAUGAACGUGUAAUAAUUCAUGGUCUUUUUACUGAGUGACCAUCUUCAACGGAAUCCCUUUAGUCAUUUCCACAAGAUUUGAUUUUCAUUUUCGUUUCAUUUCCAAGGUCCAAUGUUGAACUUUUCAAGAAUUUAUUAUAGCAUUUGUAUAUGGUUCUGUGAAUAAAUUUACUAUUUAUACUUUUAUAGGUAGCAUAUAAAUGAAAUGAAAAAAAUGAUUGUACAUGAACAUGAGUGGGACUAAGCGGGGAAACCGCAGGAAGGCUGGACUGUGUGUUGUGUGUGUUGGACAAAUUCUGAAUAGAGAGGAGGUAUAAAAGUUCGGGGGUGGGAUGGAGAAAUUGUAAUUGUGAGUGAUUGUGUGUGGGUGUGAGAUGGGUGGAAUGGUGUUUCGUGUGCUUAGAAUGAAUAAACUUUUGAGAAGGAAGUUUAAUGGUGUACUGUACGAGGUGUGAGGUCACAGAAGUCUGCAAUUCGAGGACUUGGCGCAGUUUUUGUGUUUGUGUGCUUGCGCGUGCACGCUCAUCUCCAUGGGGGCGAGAUUCACCUUCAAGGCCAGCUCGACCGUCGGUAAUAUUACUGAUGCUUCACAAGUUUCUACUCCUAAACAAGGAAGCAUUACUGUUGUGUGUGAUGCAUCAUCAUUACAACUUCCAUGAGUUCAACACAUCGGCGAUAUGAGACAAAAAACUCUCAUCUCUUGUACAUAAUGGGAUUCAAAAUGUUUUGUAUGUUAUUAAAAAGAUCACAUCUCGACAGUACGAGAUGCUUAUCACGUAGUUUUUACUCUAAGAGUAAGCACUAUUCACUCCACAAUUAAAAUACUGAUAGAACUACUGUA